AUGCGCCGCGAUGUCCCCGCCGGUAGCGGCAGCCCGGAGCUGGCCCGCGCCUUCCCGGCGGCCGCGUUGCAGCUCUCCGUGUUCCCCCUCUGCAAGUGGCUGCAGCAGCUGUGCCUGGAGCACCGCACCGAGUGGUUGGUCGUGAUCGCCGCCAGGCAAGCUAUGGGUGCAGGCACAGAGAGCCGCCAGCAGGAGCUGCUCACCGUCCUGAGAGACCUCAUCAGGCUGGACUUGCUGCCUCAGCUCCACCUUCACUGGCUACUCGAGGAUGGGAUCAGCGACUUCUUCAUGGAGCUGGAGAUUGUCAUCCAAAGGUUAGGUCAGAUUUUCAGUGCUCUGGAGAGCUGCAUCACCACCUUGGCUCAGCACUACAAAGAGUGUGUUUCUAAGAUCCCACCUGAUGCCAUGAUGCUCUCUGCUCCCCAUCCUGAUCACUGUGCUGCUCAGGCAGCUCCCCAAAGUCUGCCUAUUUCAGACUCACCUCUUUCCCCUCUGGUGUGCCGGAGUAACACAUCCCAGAGUCCUGGCCAGGCUUCUCAUGCUAUGGCAGCAGCUCAGCAGAAGCAGCAGCCUGUGUCAGCUUCUCUUGCAGCUGUUGAGAAUUGUGUGAUUGUUCUCUGGAGUUCACCAAUACUGUAUCUUGUGUUAAAACUGGAGGCCAAGGAAACCUCAGAGGAUGACAGUGAAGAUUAGAUUACCCGAAGGACUGAAGACGGCAUCAGGCAGUCUUUGAGUGGCAUUUACACAGAGACUGCUGCCAGGCUGUGCCUGAGUGAGCUGGCAGUGGUUUGGAAGUCCAGGCAGUUGACUGGCACCAGGUAGGACACACUCAGUUUACAUAUCCUGGAGGAUGCUCACCCUGCGGGCAUCUUCCAGAAAGGCCCAAGUAGCUACACUUGCCACUUCAACCAUGCCUUCCAACUGCCCUGCUGGCACAUCUUGGCUGUGCUGAAUUCAAACAGGAAGCUCUUGCAGAGGGAGAUGCUCAGUAGACGAUGGGAGAGGGGAUGUGAUGCCCAUCAGGCCGGGUUAGACAGUGUUGAUGGCCUCCUGCAGGUCCUAAAGAGCUCCUGGAACAAGUCUUUGGAUAAAUGCCUGGUGGUGUCCUUCCUUACAGCAGAGAUCAGCCAGCUCCCCACCACGGUAGUGAGGACUUUGAGCACAGGACUCUGGGAGCUGGCUGACAGCUGGAUCAGGCCCCACACUGAAGUCAAGCUCCAGCACUGAGUGGGAGCUGA